AUGCAGAUCUUCGUCAAGACCCUCACGGGGAAGACCAUCACCCUCGAGGUUGAGAGCAGCGAUACCAUCGACAAUGUCAAGGCCAAGAUCCAGGACAAGGAGGGGAUCCCGCCGGACCAGCAGCGGCUGAUCUUCGCCGGAAAGCAGUUGGAGGACGGCCGCACCCUUGCCGACUACAACAUCCAGAAGGAGUCCACCCUCCAUCUCGUCCUCAGGCUCCGUGGAGGCAUCAUCGAGCCGUCCCUGCAGGCUCUUGCCCGCAAGUACAACCAGGAGAAGAUGAUCUGCCGCAAAUGCUACGCGCGCCUGCAUCCAAGGGCUGUCAACUGCCGCAAGAAGAAGUGUGGCCACAGCAACCAGCUGAGGCCCAAGAAGAAGAUCAAGAACUAG